AUGCCAUUUCUCCCUCAGGACGCGGAGCGAUUCGAUGGGCUGUCUCUACUCUACUGGACGAUCAUGGGCCCGCACGGCAUCAACCGAGCCGUACAGAGGCUGGAGUUCUGCGACUGCAAAAAGGGACUCGGUGUGAAGAUAAUUGGAGGUUACCGAGAGCUGACAGGGGAAGAGUUCGGCAUCUACAUCAAGCGGGUGGUAGGCGGUGGGUUGGCAUCUCAGGACGGUCGGCUUAAGUCAGGUGACCUGAUUUUGGAUGUCAAUAACAUCAGUCUGAUAGGAGUGACCAAUGAGAGGGCGGUGGAGAUCUUGAGGACAGCCUCGCUCUCUAAUCACAUGUCCCUGCUGAUCGCCAGAGAUGAGGAAUCCAGUAAGAACAUUAUGGUGUUUAAGUUCACCUUCAAGGUCAGCGUCGAAGUUGAAGAGGCCACGGGGCAGACCGAGGACCAGGUGGAGAGAUCAUGUCUCAACACUGGCCUGGGAACACAGUCAGAGUUGGCCGAUGUGGCCGGGGAAAGGGAAGAACUGACACGACACAGCCUCUUCCUCCCCUCCUCUUCGCAGAUCAGAGAGCCCGCCAGCUCCUCAGUCCUAAAGAGGGGGGUCACCACCAUACCACCCCCACCGCCCCCUACACCACCCAACGCCCGGCUACACGUCAUGGCAACGCGCCAUCGCACGCCUCUCCAAGGAGCGAACGUCUAUAAGCCUACUCUUAAAUGUGGAGGCAGGGUUGUCUGCCCGCUUCCCUCGACACCUCGCAGCUGGGACAGCUGGUUCCUACACAAGGAGAGGCAGCUUUCGGAUGGCAGGCUGCAGGUCGGGGACCAGCUGGUGUCCAUCAACAAAGAGUCCCUGAUCGGAGUGACGUACGAGGAGGCCAGGAGAAUCCUGACACGCACCAAACUCAGACCGGACCCCACUGUGGAAAUUGCCUUUAUCCGGCGGAGGUCGUCCUCCAGCUCCAGCAGCGGGCCUCACAGCCCCAUCUCCCUCCAGUCCAGCUGUGGAGGCGGUCCCCAGACAAGGCCCUCGGGACAGGGCGCUACACCUCCUCAGCCUGCCGUGGUCACCAGGAUCACCUCCAGUCGAAACCCUGCCAGCGAGACUCUGCCGGCAGUCAAUGUCAGCCAGGUGCGAGUGUCUCCAGCCAGAACAGAGCAGACACAUGUCUCCUCCCCACCAGAGAGCGAAAGCAUCACUGACUCUAACCCCGAAGCUGCCAGCAGUCAGUCUCAGCAGAGGAAAUGUUCCCUCAGCACCAGCUGUCGCCUCAAACUGGAGAGGUUGGAGCAGGCUCUGGAUCUGCUCGGUCUGAAGCCCUCAGAGGCUCAGCGGCAGGCGAUCAGGUCCAGACUACGAGCUGAUCCGGCUGGGACGGUGGCCUUCGCAGAGUUUGAGAGUCUGAUCAGGGAGCUGUUUAAGCCUCAGCUGGAGGAGUUGGUCGGCACCCAGCCAGGGUCGAGGUUCAUAUCUGAUGACCUGUCCAGUUUGUUGGAGUCACCUGUCAACCCACAGCCGUCACUGUCAGACUCAGAGGACCUGGAGGAGAUGGAGAGGCUGAGGAAGGAGCACAUCGAGGCUCUGAGGGAGAUCAAGAGGCUACAGGAGCAGCUGGUCGAGUCUCAGAGAGUUCACCAUCAGAUGGAGGAGGAGCUCAGCAAAGUCAAACAGGAAGUGAAACUGGGCGUGGAGGAGAGUCGGGCUCUGAGGACUCGGAUCCAGCUGGCCGAGGCGGCUCAGAAGCAGGCGAGGGGCAUGGAGAUGGACUACGAGGAGGUGAUCCACCUGCUGGAGGCCGAGAUCGCCGAGCUGAAGACCCAGAGAGUGGAGCAACCGGCGCCGACCAAUAAGGAGGACACGGAGGAGCUGAAGAAGAGAGUUGCUGUCCUGGAGUGUCAACUACGGAAGAGCGAAGCGGCCAAAAAGGGUUUUGAGACGUCAACAGGAAAACUGCUGAGUUUUGUGGAGAACGUUCAAGAGUUCCUGCUGGAAAACCACGGACCAACGAAGAGCUACAGCUCCGGAGACGUUAAGGUCGGAGCGUCAUCUCAAGGCCUCCCUCCUCGCUACAAGAAGAGUCCCUGGACUUCGGCUACGCUCGCCCAAGAGGCCAAGGAGCUCACAAGGACUGUCAGAGCCAUCCUGGAGGUGGACUUGCUGACCUUCUAGAGGACCCGACUGUAGGAGAACAAAGUCAGCAAGGCUCUGAGACGUCGGCAGGAAAUCAACAGCCAACCGUGAACCCGAACACUUUCUUCCCUGACAUCUCCUCAGUACCUGCUAGCAAUGGACUCUUAUCUCUGCAUGAAACACUGUUUUGUUUCUGUCAAUCAGCACAUAUCACUGCACAGUUUCUGAAUAGUCAGUACAAACCAAACAGUGGUUUUAUUCCAGCGGUUUAACAUGAAUAAUGUGGAAAACAAACUCAUUGUACAAGUUAACAGUUUUUAAUGGAUGCUCGUUUCUCAAACUGCAGUUUUAUCUGAAAACAUUGCUUGAAACAAUCAGUUCCUGUUUUACAGUAUGUUUCUACAGGUUAACACACUGGAAGGAGACCAUUGUAAAGUUAAUGGACUACAUGAACGUUUAAGCAGUUUGUCCAUUGGUCACUUUAUAAAUUAAGUGAUGAGAGUAAAAACUGUCAGGUGACAGGAUGUUGAUAAAUUUCUUCCGUUGGCCAAUCGCAAACUGUCUUGAGUCCAAACGGAGGGAGCUGCUGUAGCUGAACUGUUAGUAGACAGAAUCCGACGGUCCAUCUUUUCAAUAAACUGUAACAAGCUCCAGUGCAAGAAAUCAGAAAACAGUAAUGAGACACAAUAGAGCUAAUAAACAGA